AUGGCUGAACUUCGUGAACAACUUUCCGAAUUUAUAGGUUUCAAACCCGAUGAGAUUCGUUUUCCAGAAACAGAGAGAGAUCAACGACUAUUUCGAAAAAUUAUCGCAGAUCAAAGAAUGGCAACAAAUAUUGUGAUAGAUGAUUUUCAUUUCUUGCUUCGUACUGGAUAUAAUGGUAAAGGUGGUCGAUUAAUACAUAUCGGGUGGUUAAUAUGUGUAAUACGGAAAGAAUGUGAAAAAGUUUUGUUGAAUAUCCCUCAUGAUAUUACUAAUAAAAUCAUAACGCAUCUUCGAUAUAAAUUCAAAGAUAUUCCAUUGGCACCAAUAGUAAGGUAUCCGAAUACCCCAUCGCAAUUGGAUUCAGA